AUGUCGAAGCCCAGUAUCAGCCUCACGCACGCCUUCACCAUGACGCUGACCGUGGGGGCGCCUCACGCUCUACCCGGAACGCCCGUCGGUGACCGAUCCUUCAUCCCGGUCACUGGCGGCACGGUCGAGGGCGAAGGCGUCGAAGCCAAGGUGACUCCCAACGGCGGAGACUUUGCCAUCGUCCGAGACGGCUACGGCAAGCUCGACGUGCGCGUCCAUGCCAUCACCCAGGAUGGCGAGGCGCUCUACAUCCAGUACUACGGUCACCUCGAGGUCACCUCCGCCGUCGCAAAGAUCCUUGGAGGCGACGCUUCAGCCCAGUCGACCAACUUCGACGACCAGUACCUUCUCACAACCCCCGUGAUCGAGGCACCCGCCACCUCGAAGCUCGCCUGGGUCAACCGCACCGUCUUUGUCGGCAAGGGUCGCUUCGAGAUCUCGUCCGACGGCCUUGCAGUAGUGUACGAGGUCUUCAAGGCUAAGUGA